AAAAGUGGGCAAAUUGAGAAAUGAAUGAAGAACCCACAAGGUGGAUAGAAAGAAAUACAGAACACAGAAGUUUGAGAGAGAGAACCAGAGAAGCACAAAGCGAAAGAUUGGCUACCAGCCGUGAAGGAUAGCGGAGGAAAGGGAGAAUUUCAGAAAAUUCAUCUGGGUUUUCUGUUUUCUUGAAAGAAUCUUCUCAUUCUGUGCAGGAAUAACAUCUUCUUUGUUGCUCUGGAAUGAAAUUCUUUCCUUAGUAAUUUGACGGGUUUUCUCUGGAUUCCUCUGUAAUAGCCAUAGAUCUUAAGACAUGGAGAAGGAAGGAAAGCAUCAAGGACCCGGAAGAGCUCCUGAGACAGAAUUUCUGUUACAGUGGGGAAACAGAAAAAGGCUUCGAUGUGUGAAGGUAAAAGCCAGAGAUAUCGCAGGGAAGAGAAUCACUACUCGUGUCGAUCGUCGUGUUGUGAGAGCUGAGAAAGAAACACCUCCUCUACAACAGAAUCCCAUGAACAGGAACGCAGAAUCGGUGAUACAUCCAUCGAGUAUAAACGAGAACAGGAAGUCAGCUUCGCCAGAAAAGGAAGACCGAUACUACGCGACGAGAGGGUCAAUGGGGUUCGAUGACAAUGCGAAGAUCUUCAUGGAUGAAGGAGAGGAUAGAGCGGUUGUCUGGCCAAAGCUAUUUAUUUCACUAUCAAGCAAAGAAAAGGAAGAGGAUUUCAUGGCGAUGAAGGGGUGUAAGCUUCCUCAGAGACCCAAGAAGAGGGCCAAAUAUAUACAGAGGACCAUACUCUUAGUGAGUCCUGGUGCUUGGUUAUCUGAUCUUUGUCAAGAGAGAUAUGAGGUGAGGGAGAAGAAGACAUCUAAGAAGAGACCAAGAGGAUUGAAGGCUAUGAGCAUGGAAAGCGAUUCAGAAUGAGUGGUUGAGGCACGCAUUCAUUUUGAUUUUGAGUUCUAGAGAGCCUGUAACAGUUUUUUCUUUUUCUUUUUUUUUUGUUUCUUUUUUGUUCAGGAAGAAAACCAAAACAGAGAUGUCUCUGUUCCGGAUGUACAAGUUGCCUUUGCUUGAAAAAAAAAAAUUUGUUUAAUUUCUCCUGCAUUUAACGAACUCCACUCUACGAAGAUUCUUUCAGUUUGAUA